AUGGGCUCUGAUCCCCAGUAUAUCAAGUUCCCCGAUCUCCUGCUCGCCCAACAUGUCUUCAACCUCUCCAACCCUGCAUGCGCCCCAUCCAUCCGCCAGUCCUCGUUGAAGAAGCUGCAAGAUGUCAUCACGGAGCGCAAGAUGGCUCCCUUCUACCGGCAUCUGGCCCACCCAACAGAGGGUAUCCUGAACAAUGCCGGUGAGGGUGCCACACAACACCAUGUCGGUAACUCGAAGCCUCUUAUCAGCUCCAACAUGCUUGCCUCCCGAAAAUCACCCCAAAACAUCGACUUUCCAUGGGAUGAGCAACUUUAUCAAUCUCUACUUGAGGAUAACAAGAAGGAGUUGGAGACUAUUCAGAAGGAGGAGGAGGAGGCAGAGGAGGCUGCCGGCGAGACGGAAGUACAGGCUGCACGAGGAAAGCGAGCAGAAUUCUGGUCUCGAGUUGGUGAUAAGGAAAAAGCCAUCGAAUCGCACGAAGCUCUCCUUGAUAAGAUUGGAUUCCUCGGCACCAAGAUCGACUUGGUUCUGGCCAUGAUUCGCAUUGGCAUGUUCUUCGGUGAUGCUCCAUUUGUGAAGAAGACAAUUGAACGCGCAGAGACCUUGGUCGAGAGUGGUGGUGACUGGGACCGCAGGAAUCGCCUCAAGGCAUACAAGGGAUUGCAUCUGCUUACCGUCCGCGCCUACAGCCUGGCCGCUCCCCUCCUCCUUGACAGUCUGUCAACAUUUACGAGCUAUGAACUUUGUAGCUACUCUUCGCUAGUCAUUUACUCAGUGUUGGCGGGAUCUUUGUCCCUCAAGCGGGUAGACUUCAAGGCGAAGGUAGUGGAUGCACCGGAGAUCAAGGCCAUCUUGGGUUCUGGGGAAGAUCAACUUGCGGCUCUGAAGGGCGAGAUCUCAUCAGGCCCUGGUGCUCGUGAGGAAGAGAUGAAGGAUGCUACUGUGACACGAUCAACUCCCUCUGCAGCCACCACCGCCAUCAAUUUGACCACCCUUGGCACAGGUUCCAGCGAGCAAGCAGAGAGUGAGGUGCCUGUCGAUUUCUCCCCAUUGGCCAACCUGGUCAACAGCCUGUAUAAUGGAAACUACCGCUCAUUCUUCGUGGCCCUUGCUGCUGUGGAGGAUCAAUUCCUGACCCAAGAUCACUACUUGCAUGAGCACCGAGCAUGGUUCGUCCGAGAGAUGCGACUACGCGCCUACCAACAGCUCCUUCAGAGCUACCGAGUGGUGGGCCUGAACAGCAUGGCCAACGAUUUUGGUGUGACCGUAGACUAUCUAGACCGGGAUCUGGCCAAGUUCAUUUCCAGCAACCGCAUUGCCUGCACGAUCGACCGUGUCAAUGGAAUCAUUGAGACCAACCGACCCGACGAUAAGAACAAGCAAUACGCAGACGUGGUUAAGCACGGUGAUGCCCUGAUCACCAAGCUUCAGAAGUAUGGACAAGCUGUCCGUCUUCGUGGAAGUGAGCGCAGUUAA